UCAAACACCAAAAAACAAUAAUACAAAUCUCUCUCUCUCUCUCACUAAAAAAACAAAUCUAAAGAUCGAUGGAUCAAAACGUACCAAUAAGCAAGAAACUAUGGAACAUCGUACGUUUUCUCUUGUACAUGAUCCGCAAAGGCGUUUCAAAACAUAAACUCAUCGCCGACUUCAACGCAACUCUCAAACGUGGCAAAAACCUCAUGUUCCACCACCGUCGCCGCGUCCCCGCCGCUUCCACCACCUCAGACACUCUAAAUGCUGCUUCAUCCGCCGCCGCAACCGCACCUCUACGACAAGAAUACGAGUUUAGCUGUAGCAACACUCCAAACUACUCUUUCCUUUUUCCCAAUAUCGCUUUCAUGAAGAAAAAAAGUCAGAAUAGUCUCUUCGCGUGUGGUCAGACGCCUCAAACGCUCGACGAUGACGCGGCGGCGGCUAGGGCCGUUCUUGAUCUGCUUAACGGCGUCGGAGACAAAGGAAACGUCACGCCGGCGGAUUUUUCGGCGGCUUUAUCGCCUUACUUUCCCGGGUUUGGACGGACCCCUUUGGUGAGGCCGUUAAGAGUAACAGACUCACCGUUUCCGUUAACGCCGGAAAAUGGUGACGUGGCUAAUGGAUACGUGGACCAAGCAGCUGAUGAUUUCAUAAAGAAGUUUUAUAAGAACUUGAAUCAGCAGAAAAAAAUGAUUGAGUUCAGCUAAUGAUAAUCUGAUCGUCAGUGCAUGUGUUUCUUCAUAUUUCUCUUCUUCCAUAAAUAUCUUUUUUACUCUGUUUUUAUUUUCUUCUCCUUUUGCUGAUUAAAUGCCAAAGAUGUAAUGAUAUUUUUGGGGGAGUUUUAUUUUCGCAUUUCUUGAAACAGAUAUUACGAAUAAAAAAUAUAUAUUA